AUGGGGGCGUUUGAUACGUGGAAGGCCGAGACCAAAAAGAGCAAGCAAGUUAAAAAGAUCGCGGUCGGGAUGUGGGCCGACUUCUCUCUCAAGGACCUCGGAGAGCCCUUCCGCAUGUGGUACAUCUACGCCGACUACUCCAAGAAGCAGACCAAGGAGCACGAGCGGCUGCUCAAGCUCCACCGGCGAUAUAAGAACAGGAGAAAGACCCACAUGAUCCUCAAAGCAUGGAAGCACCUCGCCGUGUACGGACGGAUAGAGGGCAUGUACACCAGGUCUCAGCUGAUGUCGUCCCUGGCAGAGCAGAAGGACCACACCCUGCGGCUCGCAGGGAAGGUGGACGAGUUAGCGGGUGGCCUCGGAGACAUGGAGGAGCUAGCCAUGGAAUACCGCUCCCAGAUGAUCAUCCGCCAGAGGGAAACUACCGAGCGCGAGGACGGCAUGGACCGCCAGACGAUGGCCCUGCACCACGCCGAGCAGGAGGUCGUGCGGCUGCAGAGUCUUCUCGCCUCCGCGGCCGAGGCUGCGCCCCAGGUCUGCAAGGCCAUCCACAAAGUCGCGCCGGGGUUCGACUUCAAGGAACGGGGUUUGCAGCCGUUCACGGACGCUCGCAAGGAGGCUUUGGAGAUGGAGACGGAACAGAGGGUCCAGGAGUUGGUCGCCCAAAGAAUGGCGUUGCAGGCGGCCGCUGCGAAUGGUCACGAGCACGCCAGUGGCCGACUCGCGGGAGCACCAAACUCUGCAAGAGGCAUGGACCCAUCGAACGCCAGCGCGAACUCCUCCGAAGGCAAUGCCCGAAAAGGACAAGCAGCGGCAGCACCCGUCGUCAUCACGGCCGACGCUAAGACGCAGGCGUGGUUACCGGCGGACCCGGAGGCGGCCGCGCGGGCGGCGGUCGCCGCUGCGGCGCUGGCGCAGGGAAUCGAACCGCCAAUCCUGCCGAAGGAACUAGUGAGGCUUGACCGCGUGGAGUGGGUGCUGCGGCGCACGAGCGUAGCCGAAGUGGGGACGCGAUUGAAGGCACAGAGAGAAGAAGAAGAAACCGAGAGGGAUGAGCGCGGUGAUGGCGGGCCUGGGAGAGGAGGGCAGGGCAGGAAGGGGUACAGGGGGGUAGGGGGUUCGAGUGGUGGUGAUGGUUUGGGUGGGAUCAACAUUCAAAUUUGUGGCGAUGUAAGCGGCGGUGGUAGCACUAGUAGCGGGUCGUUGACCGGGGGGGUAGGAGCUGGGGCAGAUGAUGGCGGGAAGGCGAUAUCUGGGACUGAUACGAAUGGCGGCGGCGGCGCCCCUGCCGCCGUAUCUUCCGAUGUUUCGUUUCCAUCCCCAACAACCGAAGCGGCCGCCGCAGUCGCCACAGCGACUGUAGCACCACCAGACCCCGACGGCUUGAGCACUGGUCGCAGCGAAGGACGGGCAGCCGCUGCUCCGCCGACGGGCGCCGCCGUUGAGGACGACGAAGAGGACGACGGGGAGGAGGACGACGUCGCCGACCGUCUGGCUGGCAUCUUCGAGUUCCUCCGGUCGGGAAACUCCCUUCUUCUCCCGCCCGACCUGCGGAUCGACUGGGAGUCUCGGCCUGACCUAGGGCUGGGACUUCUCGCCGGCGACGACCACAAGGACGACGUGGUGCGCCGGUUUCAUCCCGCUCCGUCGGCGUCUUGGUCACAGCCUUCAGCGGCCGAUGGGGCAAGGAGUAGCAGCAGUCCGCAACAACAUCGCGGCGCCGAAAGCGGUAGUUCAAAAAGCGGCGGCAGCGGGAAGGGCACCUCGACGUGGGCGAGAGGCCUCUGCCGCGAGGCCAGCAUCGGGAGCGGAGAGCCGAUGACGUACCACGAUCUCCGCAUGGCUCUCUCGGCGUCGGCCCCAAAGGGACGGCUGUCGGAAACGACCAACGACAUGCUGGAGAGGCGCCUCGCGGAGCGGAGGAGAAGGGCGGAUGAGAUGGCCGCCGCGAUGUGGGGCAACCACCGCCCCCAGUUUGUAGAGAACUUGUACAGAAACCAAUCGUAG